GUCGUUCGGUGAUCAGAUCGAUGCGUGAGUACACGUCCCUAUUGUGCCAUCGUCCGCAUGUGCAUUCCCUCCUGGGCGGGUACUCCUUCGAGCUCUCAUGAGCGCAUGUUUGUCAGAUGCGGAUAUCCACUGCGAUGGCCAGGUUGUAACCCUUCGCCAUCGGUUCUUCCCCCUGAUGCGAACUCUGCGAAGACGAAAAAGUUCCAUCCAUUCGCAUCUUUAUGUAAUCGGCAUAGAUGUCUCUAUCGAACAAGAGUCACGUUUUCGAUCUUGCGGAAAUCUUGUUACGAACCUUUUUUCCUUUUUCAUGAAGGACAGGUUCAGACCCGCCUGCCACUUCUAGUAUGUGUUGGCGAACUGUCGCACUGACACAAAUCACAGAUACAGGGUGACUGGGCCAUAUUUACGGUAGCAAUGAUGGAGCCUCCCAUCAUCAUCUCAUCAAUAAUGUUACAACUCCCUGAUCUGCACAUUUCUGACAACACGGAGCUCGUCCUCAGUGCUGCGGGUUGUCUUGCAGUGGUAGGAAUAAUUGCUCGGGCUUACCUUUAUGGAUCAAAGAGUACCCUCCCCCUUCCACCUUCCCCUCCCACUUGGAAACUUCGGGGGCACGCUCUUCCUCCUCCCAACCCAUUUCUGGAUGUAGAGAAAUGGAUCGAAGAGUACGGUCCUCUAAUCACCAUUCGCAGAGGAACUGAGAAAAUUGUUAUUAUCGGCCGUCACCAAGCAGCGAUAGAUAUUAUGGAGAAGCAGGGCGCCUCGCUAGCUGAUCGUCCUCACACAGUUGCCGCUGGAGAAAUGUGGAGCAACGGGCUGGUUAUCGGCUUUGUCCGCGCUGGGGACAGGUUACGUCGAAUGCGUAGAGCACUUCAUAGCCAUCUCCAGCCCAAGGCAGCUGAGGCGUAUCAACCCCUGCAGAUGUCAUACGCGAAGAACACGGUUCUGGGCCUUCUUAAAGAUCCACACGGCUUCCAGGAGCAUGUAAAAGAAUUUGCUGCAACGACGAUUACGAAAAUUGCAUUUGGGAGGAAUGCGGCUGAUGACGAAAUCGCAGGAGGUCACAAGUUUCUCGAAACACUUUUUGCAAUCGCACGCCCUGGCAUUUACCUGGUGGACUCAUUCCCGUGGCUCAGAUACCUUCCUUGGUAUGGGAAAGAAUUACGACAGCAGUAUGAAAGCAACCGGAAACUCUUCACUGCUCAGCUACAUAGCGUGAAACAACAAAUGGAAAGCAAUGUGGACCCCGGUCCCUCUUUCGGGAGACAUUUGCUAGAAAAUGAGCAGCUCUACGGCAUGGCAGAGACGGAAAUGGCUUUUCUUUCGGGCUCCUUUUUUGCAGCUGGAUACGAUACGACCUCUACAGCAAUAUGCACAGUGCUAAUGGCAGCCGCAUGUUUCCCUGAGGAGCUAGCUAAGGUCCAGGCCGAGAUUGAUGCAGUAAUCGGCGGGCAUCGAGCGCCGACCUUCGCCGACGAAGAAUCCCUCCCUCGUUUGCGUGCUUUCAUCGUCGAGUCUAUGAGAUGGAGACCGUUAGCUCCUAUGGGAUUUCCUCACCGAACAACUAAAGAUGUGAUUUGGGAAAAUUAUUGCAUUCCCGCUGGGACUACAGUAUUCGGCAGUCAUUGGUCCAUCUUUCGAGACCCAAAAGUCUACCCUGACCCUUACGCAUUCAAGCCUCAGCGCUGGAUUGACGACGAAGGUCACAUGAAAGACACUCUCACAUUCUUUCUCUACGGGUUUGGUCGGCGUGCAUGUCCCGGCCUACACGUUGCGAACAGAUCCAUGUUCAUCAACUCAGCCCUUAUAUUUUGGGCCUUCAACGUCGCGCUGGAUGAUACGAAGCCGCUGAAUGACCUGGGAUAUGUGAACGCGGUAAUGCCGCUGGUAGAGCCAUGCAGUCUUGAGUUUAAGAAGAGGAUCCCGGAACCGGAGAUCAGGCGCAUGCUGCAGAACUAUCCUGAGGACUCAUGAGAAGCUUUACAUGGGAAAACUCCUGUACGUGAAUUCGUUGCUGACAGCCUGAAAGUAUGUUUCUACUAUGCAUGUGUAGACUUUAGACUACCUACAAAUGCAAGCGGAGUAAAGGUUUCUUUGAUCAUGAUGUAGCUGCGAGGUGAAAUGAUGGUGGUUUGGGACCUUGGUCGAUAUUCAAUCAUCCAGUUCUCAAAGUAUAGAAAGCCGGAGCACCGUGCUCGUUUAGCCAGCAAAUAACGUGCUUUUACAUGCUUGGAAGUAUAUAUGUACAUACUAUCGUUGGGCCAGAGUUGCAAAAUCUGAGAUUAUUUGAAAAUGUGUUCGUCUGUUGAAGAAGCGUGGGAAGAAUCAACAAUGAGUAUAUGCUGCCUCUUAAAUAAUUGUCUUUUGAACG